GCUACAGCAAGGACCUCUGUCUUUGCCUUAGACCUUCACCAGUGUGGAUGUCCUCACCUGUGGUGAUAGGACGAUAAGCACGUCAGCAGCGUCAUAAUCCAAUACUAUUUGUCUUUUUUUUUGAGAAUCUACCUUAAAUUGUGUAUAAAAAUAUAAAAAGGUGGUGGUGCUGGUGUCAGGGGGCUGGUUCUAACCCUGUGGUGAUGGUGUUUGUUGUCCCGUAGAUCUUUGGCUUUACCAUUUACGAUGAAAGUGGUACGUGGGAGACAGACCAAAAAAAUGAGCCUAAUGGAUAUCACUAAAAUGUUCUCCAUGCUCCAGCCCAAAGAAGAUGAAGACGACAACGGAGAAAGCGAGGAGCUGAACCGAGCGGUAUCUGAGGACAAUUACCAAACCCUGGAUAACCUCUUGUCUCAAGACAGGUACAAGAGGUUCAUCAACCGCAGGAGCGGCUGGGGCGUACCCAGCACCCCACUGCGCCUGGCCGCCACGUGGGGCCGUGUCAGGAGCAUGAAGGUCCUCUUGGCCCACGGGGCGGAGGUGGACAGCCUGGAUGUGAAGGCUCAAACCCCGCUCUUCAUGGCGGUCAGCAACGGCCACCGGGAAUGCGUGAAGGUCCUCCGGGCCGCGGGGGCCAGCCCCGUGGGCAGCAUCUACAACAACUGCUCGCCACUGCUCAUUGCUGCGAGGGAUGGGGACGUGGACAUCCUGCGGCAGCUCCUGGACCAUGGCGCGGAAACCAACGUUCAAGCGAGGCUGCCUGAGUGGGCUGUCAACUCGGUGGCUUGUUCCGGUCCUCUCUACCUCGCCGCCGUGUACGGGCAUCUGGAGUGCUUUAAGAUGCUGUUGCUUUACGGCGCCGAUCCCGACUAUAACUGCACCGAGGAGAGGGUGAUUGCCCAGAUCAAGGAGCCCAAGACUCUCCUGGAAACCUGCCUGAGGCACGGCUGCAGGAGCGAGUUCUUUGAGCUGCUCAUUGACUUUGGAGCCAACGUGUACUUGCCCAAUGUCACGGUAGAUGAGACGGCACCCCGCAGCAAGGGCCUGGAGCUGCUGCUGCAGGCGAGAGCUCAUCCCAAGUCCCUGAUGUCUCAGUCCAGGCUGGCGAUGAGACGCCUGCUGAGGCGGGCCGGCCGCCCGCACGCCCUCGGCGAGCUGGAGAUCCCGACGGUCCUGGUGAACUACCUCCGACACCAGCCGUGACGCACA